UAAGAAAUCAACCGUUCCUAAAACAGGCCACAUUUUCAUUUAUUGGCUGGUGGUCCCAAUAAAAUGCAAUUUUUUUUUAUCAGUUACAAAGUAAAAAACAUCAAAUGGAUAUUCAAGUGUUCAAAUAAAUUUCUGAGAUGUUAAGAUUACCUUUUUUGACAGUUCUAAUUUUGGUUUCCAUAGAAAUGGUUCUUUCGUCCGAGGCUUAUUAUAACACCUCGUUUUGCUGUGACGAUGACAGUAAUUUAGUGUUUCGUAACUUCACUACAACUGAGUUUAGUUAUAACUGGCCUGGUUAUGAGGAAACUAGCAGAUGGAUGCAUGGGGCUGUUGAGUCAAUUGGCGAUCUGAUUUUCACAUCUGAAGUUCCUCAAGAAAGGCUGGCGAAUCUGUACAUUCAAAACAGAGAAAACGAGACUUCUGUCACGAUAGAAGAUAUACGCGAGGAGUUUCACGAGUAUGGUUUCAAGAACCUCGGUUACACUCUCGUGAUUGUUUUGGGUUCUCUCUGUUGCCUGAUGGUGGUCAUGGCUAUUGUCAUCGUGGCCAUACUAUGGCGACUGAAGAAAGCGUUUGUGACCUUGAAAGAUGGCCGGUGUGGAUUUUACUCCCUUUCUGUUCUGAUUGUUGCAUAUUCAAUAUUAGUCAUGCCUGCAGUUUACCUCAUGAGACAAAACUGGAACGAAUUAGAGGACAGUUAUCCGGAUACAUUCAUGAGCAGGGUGGGAAACAUCAAUGAGAAUCUCCAGGGCUAUAUUACAUCAUCCACUGAAGAUGUGGACUCUCUCAGAUACGAACAACUCAGUUUCACAUUCGAGCAAAUUCAGAACAAUUUGGACGAUUUGCCCAGUCUCACUUUUCACCCGGUGGAGAGAAAAAUUCUGGAUGACAUCACUGGACCUAUGAACAGCUUCAACCAAGCGCUGGAAGCUGCCGACUCGGCGUGGGCUUCCAUGCUCGUAUCUUACGAUCUCAUGAUGAAUGGAACAUCGGCAGUAUCUGGUGCCGUCUUCGAGGCCAAGGGACAUCUGAACGAUAUGCAGUGCACCACUUCAGACACAGAGUGCCAAUUGGCGGGUCUUCUGGGAGGAGACGUGGGCAGACAUGAGAACUAUUUCACUUCGGAGAUGGCAAAUCCUCUAGAAGCUGAAAGUUUCCAAGUUUUUGAAGUUGACAUUGGAAACGCUGUCAAUCAGGAAAUGGAUACCAUGGUUGAAACUAUCAACGCUUCCGUCUCCAGCGCUGUCCAGGAAAUGACCGAAAUGGCUUCUAAUGCAGAAAACACAACAGAUUCUCUAUUGGGCGAGAUAUCCGAAGACCUGUUCGAGACUCUCUCUACAUUCGAUUUGAGACAUCAUUUGUGGCAACAGUGGGAUCGCAUGAAAGCAGAUGGCCAUGAUUUCAUCCAAUCUAUGAAGCCGUUCUACCUCUCAGCCCGAUUGAUUGGGGUCAUAAUGAGUGUGAUUGGUCUGCUUCUGCCUAUUGGGGCUGUGAUAGUCUGGAGGAAGAAACCUCCUGAAGACCGAAAUCUUCUCAAUCAUAUUUUGGGAUUCGUCAUGCUAGGGUUCAGUCUUCUCAGUGCUUUGUGCUCCAUAGUUCUGAUGGUGUUAGCAGUGGUUAUGUUCUGGGAAACAUCACCAGCUCUCAAAUUCUGCUCAUCUAUGGCCGAGGGAAACAUGGACUUCAUAGACCAUCCAUUUGUAGUCGACAACUCCAGUGAAAGAUACUUCGCCCAUCAAAUAUUGUCAAACGAGUCCAUACCUUUGACUUUUUUGUCCAUUUUAGACGAUUGUUACCAAAACGAGCCCAUCUAUGUUGCCCUACAACUCUCCUCGUCGGCAAAGUACGACAUCGAAGGCACUCUGAAUGUCGGGGAGUUGUUGCCGGGUGCCGCGAAUGUCUUCAGCUCCGCAACUCCAGAUAUCAGCGCCACUGUACUUGUUCCUGAUGCCUUGAAGACAACGAUGACCUCGUUUGAUAAUUCUGAGUUUGACGGGGAAUUGGAGACCAUGAAUUUAACGUCUUCUGAGAUUCUCACCUGGCACACCCAGUUGAUGUUCGGAACUCCUGGAGUGACAGUGGCCUGUGAUCCCUCCUGCAAGUCCAUGACAGACAUCAGAGACGAGUUGCAGGGAUACCUGAAUGCUGGGAUAGAACCGAACACUGCAAGGUCAAAUGCUCAGUCAGCACUCACUGUUCUGAACCAUUUACUGGACACACUCAUUCCAGACAUGCAGCAGCUGGCCUCCCAUUUCCAGGCCAACAAGAGCCACCUUCAGGACUCACUUUCAGAACUGAAAAGAGUGAUUGAUGAAGUGUUUCUGCCAGCCGAAAACACACUGCAGAAUUGGAUUGCGAAUGAUGCAACUCCCAUGCUCGAAACGAGCGUGGAAGCUGUUGGGUCCAACGUGGAGAAAUACCUGGGCAAUUAUUUGGACUGGGUCAUGGCUAUUCUCGAGGGUGAGUUGGGCAUGUGUGGACCAGUGGCCACUGCCUAUGACUACUUCUGGAACUUCACUUGCGACAAAAUAGUACAGCCGGCGAACGUGAUCUGGUUCCUGGCCAUCUGGGUCUCGCUGUGCCUGUUCAGCACUUCAAUAUGUGCCUUUCGAAUCAGCUUCUAUUUAUUCAGACCACGACAAGUUUCGGAAAAGAAGCCAGUAGAAAGUGAAACGGUGAUUACGACAGCUGAGGAGAAGGUCUAUGAAAGUCAGCCGACAACUGCAAGCAAGAGUCGCCGAUCUUCUGUGCGCGAUAUGUUGGAUGGAAACUUGUCUAAGUCAAAUAGAGUCAGUCCAACCUCCUUUUCUAUGGACACAGACGCGGGAACAGGGAGUACGCAUGACACUUGGAUCCACAACGAGAACCACCACCACACCACUCUCGCCCGACAUCCGCCGCCAAAAAGAGGAAGAAAACCUCCGAGGAUUAGAGACACAUGCGCUGUCAACACAGACGCAAGACGAGUUUCGGAAGUACCGAUUGUUCCGACCUUACUUCUCGCAGAAAAGUCUGUCUCGCCAACUCCGAGUGAAGACGUUGUGGCGGGAAAACCUCCCAUUUCCGGUCGAUCCAGGGGUGCGAUGAGUCAUAUUAUGAAGAUUAAAAGGGUAAAAGGUGAGGGUCGUUGCAGAUCACGCAACGACAGGCCUCGAUCCGCCCCUGGAAAUUUCAUUUGGAAUAAAGUAGUUUUCGUCGGGAGUAGAGGUUCGACGAACUUGUUCGCGACAACUUCGAGUAGCCGAGAGGAUUCGCUAGCCGACGGAUUGUCGGAUUACGCCGAGAGCGAUAUUUCGACUCCCAAAAUGGCGUGGAGUUUUUCGCAAACUAUGACCAAAAAAAUAACGGAGGAGACAAAUUUAAAUGAAGACGCAGCGGAUAAACCAAACAAAACAGAAGAAACAAAAACAGAAGUAAGCAAAAAUAAGCAGGAAAAAGAGGAGGAAAGUUUUCCACUGGAAGACCGAGUCACGCCGUUGAUUUUUGGGAAUCAUUCAGACUUGAAGUUGGAAAAAGAAAACUCAAAAGCCGACGAAAAACCGGAAGAAGCCGGGAGUUUAAAAAGCGACGACAGUAAUCAAAACGAGAAAGAAGACAAAAACGAAAAACCAUCGAACUCUGAGAGCAAAAACCGACCUCGCACAUCGCGUGAAUCGAACCGACAGUCGUCUCUCGGACUUGACGAUGACUCGAGUACAGAAGCCGAUCGCGUGUACUUCACCCGAACUCCGAAUGGUUUGAAAUCUACCAAGCCAGUGGUGCUUGCCAGUGUGACUCCCAGGAACAACGCGACAUCCAGAGAUCCCGCCAGCGAUUCAACAACCAAUUCCGAAAACCCAGAUAAAAGCCAGAAGUCCAAAAUUAAAAAUAACAGGGAAAAGGAGCCUGAAAAUACAGUCUCAAUGGGUCAAGAGCCCAGUAGCCAAAUAGGGAAUGAGGCUGGGGAUUUGAGAUCAAAAAAGAAUGAGUCCCCGGCGACCGAUGCGAAAAUAGAAAUGCAGUCGGCGAGGGGAAAUAAACGAAAGCCUUCAGACGACUUGAACGAGGAACGCACUAAAGGAAAAAGUUCAAUUGACUCAAUAAUCUCUCCAACUUCUCAGCCUGACGAAAAUAGUCCAACCGAUACUUCGGAGAGUCCCACAGAUCUAUCUCCACUACCCUUUCCCACAACAGGUUCCGUGCGACGGGAAUCCACUUUAAUUAUGCCUGAAGAGCCGCGGGUGCCUAGCGGAGGCACCCACAAUACCGUCAUUGUCUAUCGGCACGCAGAGAACAAGAAAAACAAGAAAAAGAAAAACAACAAUAAUAACAAACUCCCCCCGAUUGGCAAAAAUGUCCCCCCGACUCCGCCAGGUGGGAUCAAUUUGAGUGACUAUAAAAACGUGGGUGAUAAUGGGGACGAAGAUGUCAGAAGCAAAAGCGGGGGGAGCUACAGAAGCGUGGACGAUACACGUCCAGGCUUCAUAGAUGCUUCACUACUGAAAGAUAAAUCAAAGAAGAAGUGAAAACAAAAAAGGGUUUGGAGAAAAAAUUUUCCUCGUUGCCUUGAAGAUAGUUCAACAACCUUAAAGUUUAAAUUAAAUGAAGGGGAAAAGCAGAAUAAACAAAUGAUUUCUCAGCUAUCAUCUGAAAACAGUUGAAACAAAACUUCCACUAAAUUUCUUGACCAGAGUUGGCUAUUUUCUGUAAAUUUGAACGUACAUUUCAAUUAAAAACAAAUAGAUGUAAUU